GGCAAUCCAGAGCGCGGUCCCGGCGUUCUGCGGUUGCCGCCACCUCGCCCUCCGGAGAGCCGGCCCCUCCCUCGCCUGUCGCAGUCACCCGGGAUACGGACUGCGCCUGCCAGCCGACCCGAAGCUGGUUUCAUGGCAGCACCGAAGAAAGCUGUUUUGGGCCCUUUGGUGGGAGCAGUGGACCAAGGCACCAGCUCUACGCGAUUUUUGGUUUUCAAUUCAAAAACCGCCGAACUGCUUAGUCAUCAUCAAGUAGAAAUAAAACAAGAGUUCCCAAAGGAAGGAUGGGUGGAACAAGAUCCUAAGGAAAUUCUUCAGUCUGUCUACGAAUGUAUAGAGAAAACGUGUGAGAAACUCGGACAGCUCAAUAUUGACAUUUCCAACAUAAAAGCGAUCGGUGUCAGUAACCAGAGGGAAACGACCUUAGUCUGGGACAAAGUGACUGGAGAACCACUCUACAAUGCUGUGGCUGCUCCAGUUAUUCCUGACCCUUCAGUUCCAGUUGCCGUUGUUCCCUCUGGCGCUUCAGAUCCAGCUGCUGGCCCUUACUCAGUGUGGCUUGAUCUAAGAACACAGUCUACAGUUGAAAGUCUCAGUAAAAGAAUUCCAGGAAAUAAUAACUUUGUGAAGUCCAAGACUGGCCUUCCACUUAGCACUUACUUCAGUGCUGUGAAACUUCGCUGGCUUCUAGACAAUGUGGAAACUGUUCAGAAGGCUGUACAGGAAGAUAGAGCACUAUUUGGGACUGUCGACUCCUGGCUUAUUUGGUGUUUGACCGGAGGAGUGAAUGGAGGCGUCCAUUGCACGGAUGUAACAAAUGCAAGUAGGACGAUGCUUUUCAACAUUCACUCUUUGGAAUGGGAUAAAGAGCUUUGCGAGUUUUUUGGAGUUCCACAGAAAAUUCUCCCAAAUGUCCGGAGUUCUUCUGAGAUUUAUGGCCUAAUGAAAGCUGGAGCCUUGGAAGGUGUGCCGAUAUCUGGGUGUUUGGGGGACCAGUCUGCUGCAUUGGUGGGACAGAUGUGUUUCCAGGAUGGACAAGCCAAAAACACGUAUGGAACUGGCUGUUUCUUACUAUGUAAUACAGGCCGCAAGUGUGUAUUUUCUGAACAUGGCCUACUAACGACAGUUGCUUACAAACUUGGUAGAGACAAACCAGUAUAUUAUGCAUUGGAGGGGUCUGUCGCCAUAGCUGGUGCUGUUAUUCGCUGGUUAAGAGACAACCUUGGAAUUAUAAAUACCUCAGAUGAAAUUGAAAAACUUGCUAAAGAAGUAGGUACUUCUUAUGGCUGCUACUUUGUGCCAGCAUUUUCAGGGUUAUAUGCACCUUAUUGGGAGCCCAGUGCAAGAGGGAUCAUCUGUGGGCUCACUCAAUUUACCAAUAAGUGCCACGUUGCUUUUGCUGCAUUAGAAGCUGUUUGUUUCCAAACCCGAGAGAUUUUGGAUGCCAUGAACCGCGACUGUGGAAUUCCACUCAGUCAUUUGCAGGUAGAUGGAGGAAUGACCAACAAUAAAAUUCUUAUGCAACUACAAGCAGAUAUUCUGUAUAUUCCAGUAGUGAAGCCCUCCAUGCCUGAAACGACUGCCCUGGGAGCUGCCAUGGCGGCGGGUGCUGCAGAAGGAGUCGGCGUGUGGAGCCUUGACCCUGAGGAUUUAUCAGCAGUUACGGUGGAGCGUUUCGAACCCCAGAUCAAUGCUGAGGAAAGUGAAAUCCGUUAUUCUACGUGGAAGAAAGCUGUGAUGAAAUCAAUGGGUUGGUGUACAACUCAGACUCCAGCAAGUGGUGACCCUAGUAUCUUCUGUAGUCUGCCCCUGGGCUUUUUUAUAGUGAGUAGCAUGAUAAUGUUAAUCGGAGCAAGGUACAUCUCAGGUACCCGGUAAAUAGUACCAGUUCAUCGAUAACAAAGAUUGGAGCUUUUUAUGUAAUGGGAGAAUUCAGCAAUUCUAUUUCUGUAUGUGAGAACACUAUACAUAGACUCUGAUUUUAUUUUUAAGCCACGUGCUGCAUGAUCUAUCUUCCAAAGAGACUUGUGGCUUGAAAUAAAAUGCAGGAGAACGAAUAAUACAACAACAUUUGGUGUGUUUUUUAACAUUAAGCCAAGAUUGGACCAGCCAUUUUGAGGGUGACCCCUCCUCAUAAUUUUGGUCCCAUUUUCUCUAAGGAAGAAUUUGUAUCCUGUCCCAUCAAUAUUUUGUCUGUUAAUCACAGAAGGGUCAGGAUUUGGUUCUCCACACUACACAUAGUUAAAAGCCACUUUUGUUUCUUUUUUAAGAGACCCUGAAAGCUCUCUUUUCAGCUUAUUAGAUAUAACACAGUAUAUGCACUAAAUUUUUAAGUGAAAAUUUAGAACCCACACAAAGUAUAUAAUUUUUUGAAAAUUCUUUGCCAAAACUGAAAUUAUUGAGGCAUUUUACUGUACAAUCUUGCUAAUUAUACUGAAUUGCUGUCUGUAUCUUAUGUGAAACAUACUUUUCCUUUUAUUUCCAUCUUUUUGUAUUUUUUACUUUAUCUGUUUUCAUAUGUGUCUAUACAAUUUAUAUACAAUGGUAGCCGUUUAUAAAUUGAGUACAAUUUACAAGGCUCACUAAUUACAUUCAAUUGUUUGGGUCUCACAGUGACAACAUUUUUUUUCUUUUCAUUUAACCUUUUAAUAUUCCUUACUUUGUAUAACAUGCACAUAUUUUGUACUGGAGUAUCCCAUUUAUAAAUUAAGAAUAUACUGUUUUCAGCUGGUUAUAUUGAGGCUGGUCUUAAAUACACCACUUUGUGCAUACAUUAAUUUGGGGGGGAACCACUGUACAUUUUUUUUUGUAAUGGUUAUCCAGAUUAUUUACCAUGAACAACUUUAACGAGCCAAUAUUUAAAUUUUAGCUAAAUGUUCUAUGUCAAUAAGAGAAAAAUGUACUUUGUCUUCAACUAUAUUUGUUAUACCUUAGCUUUUCUUUUGUUUUAGCUUAAUAGACACCCUAAAAAUAUGGAAGGAAUACUACAGUAUAUGUUGAUUUGAAACUCAAUCACUAUCCUGUGUUCAUACUGUUGCAUAUCUGUGUGAUCCUUGUUAGGGUAUAUCAAAAGAGUUAAAAUCCUAAAUUGAGAAAAACUUCGAGUGCUCUUUUCAAAUAUGGCUAUUGCUGAUAUGCAAUUAUAAAAUCUGUUUGAGAAGACAGGAAAUUAUCUAUGGUUAAUGAUACAGAAUCAGAACUAAAAAUCAUUUUUCCAUUAGAAUGUCUUUUAAUGAUUCCACUUAUUUUUGAGAUUUAGUAUGGCACACUCUAAAGAUAACCUAGUAUAUCUUCUUGAUGUCAUUUUAAAUAUUUAAAACUUCCUGUUUCUUAUGCAUAAGGAUUUGUUGCUUCCUAACUAUUUUCUUCCAUGCUGAAAAUGGGAACAUGUAUAAAUAGUAUAAGGAGAUUAAUUUUGUUUGAAAUUAGUGGUCACCUCUAAAUUGAAUUUGCUGGGUUUUAUUGAUGCAGCUGCUACUUUAAUGACAGUAUAGAAUGGUUCUGUGGAAUUACUACUUUUUGGGAAGGGGAGAUUAUUUCUAGAAAUAUUAUUUCUGUGAUGAUUGGGUGAAUUGUAAAUAAUUGUGAAUCUCACUGUUCAAAUAACUUUUAGAUUAUACUAAUUUUCUAUAAAUCACAAUAUUUAUAAAUAUUUGAAAUUGUUACUUGUUGCUAUUUAAUGAUAAAUUUACUUAAAAUAAAUUGACCCCUUAUUCUUUCUUGGAUUCUCAUUUUUAGGGUAGAAAUUAGAGGAAAAUUAAAUAAGGAAAAUGGUACAGGAAACAGAAACUCAUUUUAUUAGGUGUACUCUAAAGAGUUAAUCACUGCCAUAAUCAUCAUUUAUGAAAUGUUGAGCACCUGAAUCAUUUUAUUAAAAACAGACUUCAGUUUCCUAUCUCAGCAGCUAGAAAAUCAUAUUGGCAAAAUUAACAGCCAUUUUUCACUGGGGUCCUUCAUAGCUCACUAUUUUGUUCUAUUCACUCAGUUUCUCUCUGUUUUAAUUGUCGGGGUCAACAACAUCAUUGUUCUCCUAAGUUGAUAGCCGGAACCAUCGUCAAUUGAAAAGAAACUGCAUCUAAUUAAUAUACAUGAUGAGCACGAACAUACACAUUCACCACGAUACAAUCAGGGAGUAAAGAUAAUGGACUUAUCCAUAACCUCCCAAUGCUCCUAGCGGGACUGGAGAAACAACUCAAUCGACUGCACCUCCUGCUUUGCAUGCAAGAGGCUCAAGUGGGAUUCCCUUGCACCAUAUGAUUCCCUGAGCACUGCCCCAGCACCCCAUAGGUUCCACCGAGCCCAUCAGGAAUGGUCCUUGAGCACAGAUCCUGGAGAAAAUACCUGAAGACUACCGGAUGUGGCCCAAGAACAACAAGAUGUUUAAGUGCAGAAUAUCAUAUUGUUAGCUAUAGGCGCUGUUUUGAAGAUGGUUAAAUUAUUCAUUAUGUAUGACAGGAUUUUUUUUCUGUUGAAAAAAAUUUUUCUCUCCCAAAUCCCUGUUGGCUAACUGUUCUACGAGUGACUUUUGUAGAUUCCAAAUAUGAGUGAGUUCAUGCAGUAAUUUUCUUCUUGUAUCUAGGCUAUUUUAAUUCACAUCAUUCAGGUCUGUUUCCAUUGUCAAAAAUGGUAGGAUUCACCCCUUUCUUAUUGUAGUUUAGGCAAUAUGGCUACAGUACUGUUAAAGUACGAAGUUACUGUACCUCAUCACCAAAGUGCCCAGGACUCUUCACCCUUCUAUAGCCUCUUGUCUGAUCUUCAUUCUCCCACUGGUUUUGAAUCGCUUUUAUAGUCCAAUGCCAAUGAUCUGUCAUAUUUGAUACUGUCUGUUCCCUUGUUUUGUUUCUCUGUUGUCCACAGAUGUGUGAGAUCAUCCAGGGUUAGUUUUUCGCCUUUUGACUUAUUUUGCUUAACAAGAUGUCCUCUAUUUCCAUUUAAAUUGUAAAAAACUGCAAGAUUUCAUCUUUUCUUGCUGCUUAGUAUUCCAUUGUGCACAUAUUCCACAACUUAAAUAUUAUUAAAUUUUU